AUGGAACCAAUCAAAUUUUUAACGGAAAUCGUUUUGAAAGUUGUUGAAUUCCUCGCAGAUGAUAUUGCAAGUUUACAUUCAUGCAUUUUAGUAAAUAGGGAAUGGUGUAAAAUUACCAUUCCAAUUUUAUGGAGUGAUACGUUUAAACAAAUUAAACCUUAUAAUAACGUACAUUCUCCUGAAGAAAAUCAGAUUAUCUCCACUUAUAUAACGGAACUUUCAGACAGAUCAAUCGUUUCGUUGAACGGAUGUGGAGUUAGAUUACCGACUCAACAAAAGUUGUUGUUUGAAUAUUCAAAAUUUUUACGACAUUUAGAUAUGUAUCGUUUAAAAUUGUUCGUUAGAUCUUGGCUCUACUUUACAACAAGGGAUUCAAUAAGACGUUAUACGUCUGAUCAGAUUCAAAAAAUGUCUAUUGUUUUAUUAAAUCAUUUCCUACGACAAACUCCGUAUUUAAUUUCUUUGAAAUUUACAAGUUCUGAUACAACAGAACCUAUCAUUUCAGCCUUACAAGAUAUACCGGAGGCAAGAAGUUGUCUAUCAAAAUUGAAAAGUCUUAAGCAAUAUUAUUGUACACAUCCGGCCAAAGCUACCUUAUUUUCACAAUUAGCAAAGUAUUCAUUAAAUAUCGAGCAUCUUGAUAUAGCGAUUGAUUCACAAAUCUCUGAAUUAUUAACAUUAAUAUUUGCUCAAAGAAAUUUAAAAAGAUUAUCGAUUCGUUAUAAAGGCGCUAUCUUAUCAAAUGUCGAACCUUGGGCCAAUGGUGAAACGGUUCCCGUAAUGCCACAGCGAGAAAUUUUAAUAACUCAUUUGAAAUUGGAAAAUGUUAACUUUCCUUUAUUAGCUCUUUAUAAAUUCGAAAAUUUAAUAGAAUUAGAAUUAAAAUCUUGUGGUUAUCAAGGAUAUAGUAAAGAUGAUUUAAUUCAUUUUUCAAAUGCUUCAUUUAAACUUUUAGAAAUAUUUUCUUUUGAAAGUAAAUAUCCAAUUUAUUUGGAAUAUUUUGCCGGAUUAAUAAGUAGUUCAGGAGAAAAUUUAAGAUCUUUAACAUUACAUGGGUGUCAGAUAGAAGAUCCGGAGAACGCUCAAAAACUUCUCGUCUCAUUGGCAAAUUAUUCACCAAAUAUAAUUUUUUAUGAUGGACCUAUAUUAGAGGAUAACAUUUGUGACCUAGAAGCAAUGUUGGAUAAAUGUAAUAAAUUAGAGACACUUUUCCUGCAUCCAUCCAUUCCAAGAUGUUUUGCUCCUACUCCUUCGAUUAAUUUUGAUCCUUUAUUUAACGUUAUAACUCGUAACAAAUCUCAUAAAUUAAGAUGGUUAGCCAUAAUACAUGCCUGGAAAAUUUCUGAGAAAGCUUUGCUAGAUUUCUUUGAAACCCACAAGAAGAAGAAUGUCGGUCCUAUUAAAUUUAAUUAUGAAAGAUCUUGCACCGUAUUUUAUGGUAUUAGCACGAUUUGUACUAAUUAUAAUUAUAUGGGUGUUGGUCGAGAUUGUAAACUUAUUUAUUGUUCUAAACAUCACCUUUAA